AGCCAAGAAUCCAGGAAGAAAAUGUAUAUUCUCUCGACCUACCACAGGGAGAAAAAGGGAAACGGAAAGGGAAAGAAAGAAAUGGUGGUGGAAUGGAACAGUACUCAUGCAACCGUCCAUCCACCUCUUGACACAUCAAAAAAUUAGUAAACUUUCUUUUCUUUUCUUUAAUCUUCUCAUGGAGCACCCAAGACUUUCAUCUCUGAGGUGAUGGAACGCAAACACUUGCAACCAUGUCAGGAGGCGCCAAUACUAGCCAUGAAGCCAGCAUCUGCAUUCAUACAGUAUCAUCACCCCGCUUGGGUGGAAUGUGACCAUGCAUACAUGCAUAUACACAUGUGGACAAUGUGCAGAUAGUACUAGUAGUAGGGUGCAUCGUUGAACUGGGGCAUGAUCGACUACUUUCCCCAUCCUCCCUUCCCACCCUUACCUACCAAGGUCUAAUGGAAUCAGUAUUACUAUACAGGCUAUAUAGUAUUAUUCACCACUUUGGAUUCCCUCCAAAACCCAAGUAACCAAGCCGUUGUCAUAUCCACCAUGAUGGAUGAUCGUCAUGCUAGUAGUCUCAUCCCUUCCUGUCCAUAUGGGAGCUGGAAAUGUUCAAAUUAUGUGGUGUCACCCGGUGGGAUUGGCGCUUUGCUGACGUCUGGCGUGGCCAUUGUUAGACAGAUAAUGAAACAAGAAUCCAGAUUAUGUAAGAAACAUGGUCAAUGGAAGAACAAAUGCACAGUCAUCCACUAGUCAGACAAUCUGUACCUGAGAACGAAGUCUGACACCCCGUUAUCUCAGCCCUUUUCCGUCUGGGUGUGUAUCAUCCGAACGGUGCAAGGACCAUCACCUUUUCUGUAUUUCUUUUGUCGGCAACAGUACCGAAAUCCUAACCUUCCUGGUUUAUUUCUAUUUUUUUUUUUUUUUGGUUUUUCAUUUGGAUUUAAA